UACCUCCACACCUCCCGUGCCCCUGGCGCCGCCCGGUUUUGCCUACGGCUCCAUCGCACGCAGUCUCCCACUAACGGCUACCCCCCAGAAUGUCUACUCUCUGGGCAAUUUCGGAAACUUCCUCGGUGGGAACACACUCCCUGGCACCGGUCAACCGCCUGCAGGCAAUUUCCAACUUCCAACUAUGCGCAUGCCUCCACCGCCCUUUGGUCUGAUGAACAUGCCGCCCUCAACGAACGCUGGCGGAAUGCCGACGCCCUCCUGGCAGCAGCAGCAACAACAGCCCAACCCCCCAUCUCUCUCGGGACAGCAGGCGGCCUUCCUGGCCGGCGUAAACCCCCUAGGACAGGCC